AAAGGAUUCCCUUCCUCACAGCAUGAAAGACAGAAAUGAAAUGCAAACCUGAAUGCAACCUGAAAGGUCCAAAUAGAUGAGCUUGUGACAUCCUUUCCCGGAGGCCAGGGACUCCACAUACCCCAGCUGUGCCUCCUCAAUUUUAAACAACGCUGGUUUUAAGACUAUCCAACCUCAAAUUUCAAAGGAAUACUUGGCUUGUUCCACAGAAAGUAAUUGGAGCCAGCUGCAUGUCAGGAUGCAAGUAGUUACUAUUAUAAUACUACUUUUUCUGUGUAAAACUGCUGACUUCAGGAAGACAAGAAAUGGGAGCUUCAGAAACAAAGCAAAUAAUGGAAAGGCAAGCAGCCUAAGGAAAGCAUCCAGCACAGUUAAGCGCUAUGCCCCAGGGCUGCCUUGUGAUAUAUAUACUUAUCUUCAUGAGAAAUACUUGGAUUGCCAAGAAAGAAAACUAAUGUUUGUGUCACCUAGUUGGCCUGAGGAUUUAAAACACAUGCUGCUAGCAAGAAACAGAAUUCGCAAAUUGAAGAAUAAUAUGUUUUCCAAGUAUAAAAUAUUGAAAAGUCUGGAUUUACAACAGAAUGAAAUAGCAAAAAUUGAGAGUGAGGCUUUUUUUGGCUUAAGUAAACUUACCACACUUUUACUUCAGCAUAACCAGAUUAAGAUUUUAUCAGAGGAGGUUUUUAUUUACAUGCCCUUCCUAAGCUACCUGCGUCUUUAUGAUAAUCCAUGGCAUUGCACCUGUGACCUGGAAACUCUUAUUGCAAUGCUGCAGCUUCCAGCAAACAGGAAUUUGGGAAAUUAUGCCAAGUGUGCACUUCCAACAGAACUGAAAGAUCAAAAACUAAAGCAAAUAAAAAUUGAACAUCUGUGCAGCGAGGAGGAAAGAUUGCACCCUGAAAGUAUAGUAAAAAAGCCUGAAAUUGCCAAACCAGAAUUUGAUUCCUCUCUCUGCCACAUUUAUGUGUUUCCUGUACAAACACUGGAUUGCAAAAGAAAAGAGUUAAAGAAAGUUCCAGGUAACAUACCUCCAGAUAUUAUUAAACUCGAUAUGUCGAACAAUAAAAUCAAACAACUGCAAGCUAAGGAGUUUGAAGAUGUUAGCGAAUUGAAGAUACUAAACCUCAGCGGUAAUGGAAUAGUUUAUAUAGAUCCUGCUGCCUUUUCAGGGCUCGUUAAUUUAGAGGAGCUAGAUUUAUCAAACAACAGCCUGCAAAAUUUUGAAUAUGGAGUAUUAGAAGAUCUGUAUUUUUUGAAAUUACUGUGGCUUCGAGAGAACCCUUGGAGAUGUGAUUACAACAUUCAUUACCUUUUCUACUGGUUAAAGCAUCACUACAGUGUUCAUUACAAUGGUCUGGAAUGCAAAAUGCCUGAGGAAUACAAAGGGUGGUCUGUUGGAAAAUACAUUCGGAGUUAUUAUGAGGAGUGUCCAAAAGACAAGCUACCAGUUUAUCCAGAAACAGACAAAGAGGACGAGGAGUGGGAACGACACAAAGAACAAUCAGUUCAAACAAUAAAGAAGCAUGGUGUGAUUGUCACUGUAAUUGGUUAUUAGGGAAUUUGUUUUAUUACUAGAUUCAACAAGUAUUUGAUACAUUUGUCAGAAAAAAAUCCUAUUGUUUACAUUUUUGUUGAUUGGGUUGGUUGUCCAUAAAGGAAUAUUUGCCUACAAAGAUUUCUUUUUAUACCACUUACUAAUUACAUGAUGGCAUUAGUUAUAGAACAUCCUUUAUAAACUAUUUCUGAUAAUUUGUUUUGGAUCAGUCUCAUCAAGUGUCUGGAUAUCUAUUUGAACCUGCACAAGAUAAAUGGAUAGACAUAGCUUUAAAUCUAUGUUGGAAAAGAGCUGUUUUGUAUAAACCAAGGCAAAGAUCCUGCAAUUUGAUCUACCUGAGUAGAUGCUGCUUCUGCAUGGAACUCACUGCAGCAUUGGGACUAACUCUCUUCUACGCUGAAUGUAUUGCCAUUUCUUUACCUUUCACUUUCAUGAACUUCAUGGCAAUGUUCUGUAAUGUUUUUUUUUUAUAUCAGCUCUCU